UCAAAGAUCUUAACUUCUGUUUUUUCAGUCAAACCAAAAUCUGUUUACCCAUUUCUUAAUCACCAUGACUUAUUAAUUGCCUAAUUCUAAUCCCAAAAUUUUGGAUCAUAUAAAUCAAGAUCCUAGUAAAGAGACUAUACAGAGCCGUAGCUUUGAUUCCCACAAUAAAGGUGAUCACUUUAUUAUCUAUCACAUUCCUCUUCAUCUUUUUUUCUCCUAUUCAUUUUGACCCAAUCGCUUCUUAUCACUCUCUCUUCACAAUUCCAAAAGAAAAAUGAGAAUCCACCCUUUACCAAGAGACAACAUUCUCAUCCAUCACGCUCGUGAUCCGACCCGUGAACCCGGAAAGAAGCUCCGGCGUCUCCCCCAUAUCUUCAGCCGUGUUCUAGAGCUGCCCUUGAGGUCAGACGCUGACGUGGCUGUUCAAGAGAGUCGUGACUGUUUCAGGUUCGUCGCGGAGACGAACGGUGGAGGAGGCGUGAGGGCUUAUAUGGUGGAGAUUCAUCCUGGUGUGACUAAGAUUCUAGUGAGAACCAAUGGUUCUUCGUCUCUUGGUUUGUCUCUUGAUGAGCUUGAGCUUGACGUGUGGCGUUUCAGGCUACCGGAAUCAACUAGGCCUGAUCUUGUCACGGUGGAUUGCGACGGCGACGGUGAAUUGAUUGUCACUGUGCCUAAGACUGAUGAAGACGGUAGAGAUUUGAUAGUGCUUGUACAGUAAUCUAAUGUGAUUGUUCAUCAUAAUGAUGUUUCUGAAAAUCAGAAAAAUCUUGACUUUUUAAUCUAAUGGCAUCAAAGUUGAAAUCUUUUUA